AAGUUUCUCUGGUGGUUCCGGGGCCAGAAGCAGCUCGCGGAACGCCUCUCACUCAUUGGGUCCUUCGCUCAAGCGUUGCGGAACUCGCCUUCCGACCGGCCGGGUUUCUCGGGGGACAGUAACUGUGGCCGGACGCUGUGGCGCGGCAGUUUAAUUCUCCGGCGGCGACUGAUGGAGCCGGACGGGAUGGUCUUGGCGGGGCUCAUCAGGAAACUCGGUCAUCAGCUGGCCGAGAUCAGGGAACGCGCUCUCAAGAAUAUUCUCUGCAAGAUUGAGCACAACUUAAUCUGCUGUGCUGAUCUAGUUCAGGAGAGGCUACUUUUUCUCCAUUUGCUGGAAUGGUUCAAUUUCCCGUCUGUUCCAAUGAAAGAAGAGGUUCUGAGCCUGUUGAACAGAUUGGUUAAGUAUCCCCCAGCAGUCCAGCAUUUGGUCGAUCUUGGUGCAGUCGAAUUCUUAUCUAAACUUCGUUCUAAUGUGGAGCCGAAUCUACAGGCUGAAAUUGAUGACAUUCUAGAUGGACUUUUUAUUCUUCCCUCGGAAGUUCCUGAACUAUAUUCUGCAUCUUACCAAACCAGUCAAACUGAAUUGCCACAACAACCUGAAACCUCAACGGGGUAUUUUCCUCAGGACAAAAGUAAUUUCCAGCGGAUGGAGGACCCUCCACGACCCAUGGCACACCGGGCUGUGAGGUGUUUGAAGUUCUCCACCUUCCCUUGGCUCCCCUUGACCACAGCCGACAGGCAUGUUCUCUCCUCUAAUGAAAGCUCUUUAAGAAGUAGUAACCACACUUUAAUCUGGAACACCUGUGAGCUAUUGAAAGAUGUUAUCAUGCAAGAUUUUCCUGCGGAGAUUUUCCUUCAGAGGCCAAAAAUUGUUCAGAGCCUUUUAUCUCUGUUGAAACUGGCCUUUGGAGGAGACGGAAAACAUCGCCUGGCAUUGCAGGCAGUGUCCUGCCUGCAGCAGCUCUGCGUGUGCUUAAGAAACAGACUUAACUUUCACCGAGAUCCACAUUUCUUCUCUAGUAAACAGGAUACAGUUUCCCAAAAUUCUUCUUUGUCUUACUGUCAAGAAGCAAGAGUUCCUCAUCACUCCCAGAAUCCUUCUCCUGGAGGCAGCAGCCCUCGGCCUUCCGUGGUUGGACGCACAGGCCAGCGGCCCAGAGGAGACGGCCAGGACUGGGACGCAGUGUCCUCUAGCGGAAGCAGCGGCCACGCCCACGUCAACUCCAGGCUGUCUGUCCACUCCGCGCUGGACGUGGCGCACCUGGACCUGCCGGAGCUGGAGGCCGCCGACGCGCUCGAGCUGUGGUUCCGGCAGCUCAGUCUGCCCCAGCUCUGCGUCUGCAUUCUGGAGUCGGCCGUUCCGCUCUUGAGGACAGGUAGUAGGGAGGUGGUGAUACGGGUUCUGGAGCUGCUUGCUGAGGACCUGGUGCUGACCGGCGAAGCGAUUUCAGCAGACGUCUGGGAUGACAGCAGCCUUUUUGCUAUAGAUGUGAAAGAGAAACUGCUCGUGGUGCUGGGGUCCCUUGGAGACACCAUGUGCUACCAUAAAAGCAGCGUCAGUUUGGAACAGCCAGAGGCCGUGCUGGUGCACCACAGAAUGGCCUUUGUCGGCAUCUCGCUGUUUGCAGUCCGACUGCUGCAGACGCUUCUCCCUGCUGAAAAGGCAAGCCACUUUUUACCAGAGCCCAUGUCAGCAGCAUUAUUUCUAGUUUCUUUGGACAUGCCUAUUUCUUUGGAAUAUCCAAAUAUUCAUGAGACUGUCGUGGCCUAUUUGGAACAGCUGAAUUCUGAAAACUACAGUAUCUAUAAACGAACUGCAGAGGCUGUUUAUUCAAUUGAAUGUACCUGUAACUUCCUGUCUGAUGUUGGAAAGGAGGGAGAGAAGAAUCUCUUAGAAUUAGUGGAGUUGGCAGACCAAGCCUUACGUAGCUUUUCCUAUCAUCAGCAUUUCCCCCUAAUAAAGGAAAUCAUUUACAUUUGUUCAAAGAUCUGGAAGUCUGCACAGGCCAGUCCAUUACUGCAAGGAGAAAGCCAGAAGGUGUUUCUGCGUAUGUUGUCUCACCCACUGCUACAAGUGAAAGUUAAAACUUACCACUGCUGCCUGGAAAUUAUUAAGGAAUGUCUAGGCGUCCACAAUGUCAGUCAACCUGUGUCUUCACUUUGUAAUGGAAUUCAUUUUCUGCUUCACCCAAAAGUUCUGUACGAGAUCUGUGCAUUUGGCAUGCAAGAGCCCAAAAAUGAGGUGAACGCUGCUGCCAAGGCCAUCCUGACGUACCUGCUGCAGGGACGACUGAUGAUGACAGCGCUGACCUGGAACAAGUUUAUUGAGGCCCUCUGUCCUGUCAUCCCAGUCCUGCAGGGCUAUGCGGACACAGAAGACCCUUUGGGUAACUGCGUUCUCCUCCUAAGCAAAGCGAGUUCUGAGGCAGGCGAAGGGAUUCUCCCCUGCACCACCCGGUUGAAGUCCAUAUUGCGACUCCUGCUGGUGAGAAAGCCGUCGGUCCGGGCACUGGCGUUGAAGCUCUUAGCAUGUUACCUCACGAGGGAAGAGGGAGCCGGUACCAAGCGCCCUUCAAUAGAUGCCAGAGUUCUCUCCAGAGUUACUAAUUUAUUUAUUGUGAAAAAACCUAUUGAACUCAAACUGGAUGACAGAAAAGAACUGAUUAUUAAGUUGGAGACUGUUGAAAAGGUCUAUGAAAUCUUUAUCUCAGAUGAUAUUGAUCUUGUUUUGAGAAAGUCAGCUGCAGAGCAGUUAGCUGUGAUCAUGCAAGAUAUUAAAAUGCAUGCUGUGGUGAAAAAAUUAUGCUUAAUUGACAAGAUAAUUGAGUACUUAAAUGAAUGUGUGGGUCAGGAUGGUGAGGUUAUAGAAUGUUUAAUACAGCCGAGCCUCACGCUCCUGAGGAAGGUGCUUUGUGCCGACCCGGUCUUGCGUGUGUCCCUCUCACAACAGUCUUCUCUCUUGACCUUGUUGCUCAGAGUUUCCUUGAUAUUUCAUGAAGAUUGUACUGUCGUGACUGAAGUUGGAGCAUUAUUUUGUCUUCUGUUAUUUGAUGAAGUAUCAAGAAUGGAUAUGUGGUCUGAUAGUCCUUCUAGUAAACCUUCGUCACCGUCAAUCUUCAGUUUGCCUGUUUCAGUUUUCAGAAGGUAUCAUCUGCCAGUACAUGCGCUUGGCCACCAUGCUGUGAGUCCUUACUCCAUGGUUUUGCCGCUGUCUGCUGAUUGUUUGGCCCUGAAGCCAGUCUCAGAUAUGCUGAGAAUGGCUUGGAACCUAUCAUGGUAUCAUGGGAGUGAUAAUCUGCUGAAGCAAAUGAACUCUGAAACCAAAAUCCACGAAUUUUUAGAUACACUGAAGUUAUCCACCGAGGACACCCUUACUCUGAGGAUGACACACACAGCUAGUGGACUGAAGGACUGUCUCCACUCCAUCGUCCAGGCUGCCGCCCACAGGGAGGCAAGGGCUGCUGUCACAAGGAUGAGUUUUUAUCUUCUGAAUGACAGGUUGUCUUUCAAGGAUGGCACUGGCCCAUGUGGGAUUACCCUGAAGUCCUUGUCUUGGCACACCACACUGAACAGGUUUUUACAAGUGCUUCCUGCUUGCACUGAAGAUGAGAAACUUCUGAUAGAUAUCAUACAUUUUUUAAAUAAGUUAUUGAAGGAACAAAGGAAAUCUGUAUCCACAGAACUUCUAAACUGGCUGCUAGAAUUACUUCUGAGACAUAGUCCAAACCCACUGUUUGACCUGCUGGUUCUGACGGAGUCGCAGUCGCGAGAGGAAGCGGAUACCAUCCGCACCGCUGUCCGGCAGCAGCUCCAGAAAGAGCUGAUGGCUCUUUUCAAUACCUUGCUGCUCAGUUUCGGGGAAGUUGCUGACAGGAAAUGCCUGGAACUCUUUUACGUUUUCCAAACACAGCUGGCUCUGAAACUGCUCCAGUGCCUGAGAGUCACGGAUGCGCCUCAUUUCUAUGGCCUGCCGUCCCUCGAGAGGACCUUACGAGGGAUGGCCCACCUCACAGCAUUUCCAGGAUGGAGCUCACACUCUCCUCUUACAAAGCCCCUCGAGAUCUGUGUGAAGUACUUGUCGGGUCUCCUCGAAGUCAUUACUUCUUUUUAUGUCGAACGUGGAGGAAAUGCCAUGUCCUUCAUGGGAAAAGGUGUCACAAAGAGCACGGUCCUUUGCUUGCUUCAUUUGUCCCACGAGAUGAUGGUGCAGGCCCAGAGCUCGGAGUGGAUGUCACUUUGGUUCUUGCCUCUGGGUAGUCAGGGCGAGGAACAUGCCCAUACCCAGCAAGGCCUGGCGUGGUUGAUUCCGUUGUGGGUUGACCGAGACCCAGAGGUGAGGUUCACUUCGCUGGGAUUAGGAUCAGCACUGACCACCCUUGAAGCUGGCUGUGUGGCCCUGGCCAGCAGUUGUCAGAACAUCUCUGGUGGACUCUGGGGGACAGUGGUGAACAUUCUCCUGGACCAGUCGGAAUGCAGCAUGGUGCGCCGGGAGGCUGCAUUUAUUCUUCAGAAUCUCCUUGUAAUUCCAAUGCCCUCAGUAAUUAUAAAGGAUUAUACUUGGCAGGGCCCCUGUGUCCAUGACGAGGACUCUGGCCUGUCGCUCACAGGAAAACCUGCCCUUCAGGCUCUGUUAUAUCACUGCCAUUUUUAUGAACAUUUGAGUCAGAUGGUAAAACAUUGUUACCUGGGACGGUAUACAUUUGAUUUGAAUUGUUCUGCUUUUCAUGGAACUUCAGAAGGCAAUGAUUUAAAUGGUUUAGACGACUCAUUCAAGUUCUGGAGGGCACCAUCUCGGACGUCCAAUCAAGAUCAAGAUCCAAGUUCUCUCUCCACCUCGGAAACAACGGUGGCAGCUUCGUUGGGGAGUGCUGAAUUUCAGCCCCUCGUGCUCUGCGCAGCGCCUCUCCCUGAAGCCUCGCACGACCAGUUUGUGGCUCAAGCAGGUCAGCAUGAAACUGCAUCUCCGCGGCCUCCUCAGGAUUCCUCCCUUUCUGCUCCUCUGCCCAGACAGUGUGUUUUUGUCACUCCGCCUCUCCUCUCGGCUGUCUGCAGUCUCCUGGACAGCCUCCUGGCGACCACUCCAGGUGACACUGCGGACGCUUUGCGGCAGGCUCGCCUCAUGGAGCUUCUCUGUGGUAUCGCGGACGCCGCCCUCCUAGAGACGAGGGUCCGGGAGCUCCAGGCCCUGCUGCCUGCAUCCCCCCCACUCGAACACACUCAGGCUCAGGUGUCCUUUCUCCUAGAAUACCUGUCCUCUUUGUCGCGGCUUCUGCAGUCAUGUUUACUGGUAGAUCCUGACCUCCUGGUUCAGGACGAGCUUCUGAAAUCUCUGAUCACAAAUGUCAUCAGAGUGCUCACCAUAUACAUCAAAGAUGUGCUAGAUGCAGAGUUAAUAUCGGCCUUUUAUCAGACAUGGACACAUUUAUUUAACCUUCUGGCCACACUCCUGAGGAAAGCUGGUCCUGCCUCUUUACCAUUUAUUACGAUGGGCCUGGCCAGGCACUGGGCAGCGGUGAUCGAUACGUUCUGCACAUGUGUGGGUUUGUCUGCCACGUGCCCUCCCCUGUGUACGGCCAGCCUGCAGUUCCUGUCCAUCCUCUUGACUGAAGAAGCAAAAAGGCACCUCCAGGAUAAGGAUAAAACUAGUCUAUGCCACAGUCCAACGCUGGCUUCACUUCUGGAUAAAACGCAAGAGAACCAGGCAUCUGUAGAGCGACUUAAUGAAGUAAUUCUUCAGUGCUAUGAAGGAAAAUCUCCCAAAGAUACCCUGAGAAGAGUUGCUGCGAACGCGUUGCUGUCGCUUCUGGCCGUCAGCAGAAGAGCGCAGAAGCUCGCACUGCGAGCCAGCCUGGUGGACGGAUGCAUAGAGCAGAUGAAGCACAUUCAUGCGCAGCUGAACCUGGAUUGUCUGAGGCCUGGGAAGGCCGCACUCAAGAGAAAGGAUGAUGGUUUUAUUAAAGAGUUAAGCAUUGCCAUGCAGCUCCUGAGAAACUGCCUUUAUCAAAAUGAAGAAUGUAAAGAAGCGGCUCUGGAGGCCCACCUGGUCCCGGUCCUGCACUCCCUCUGGCCUUGGCUCCUGAUGGACGAUUCACUGAUGCAGGUCGCCCUGCAGCUGCUUUGUGUCUACACUGCAAAUUUUCCAAGCGGCUGCAGCUCUCUCUGUUGGUCCAGUUACGGACAACAUCCUGCUCAAGCUGCACAUCGAGGAGCCGCCGGCAGCUCCCUGAUGCUGUGUAUCCUGAAGCUGGCUUCCCAGGUGCCUCUGGAGAACGCUGCAGUCCAGCAGAUGGUUUUCAUGUUUCUUUCAAACCUGGCCUUGUCUCAUGACUGUAAAGGGGUGAUUCAAAAAAAUAACUUCUUACAGAACUUUCUAUCUCUCACAUUGCCAAAAGGAGGAAAUAAACAUCUCAGCAAUCUGACCGUUCUCUGGUUGAAGUUACUCCUGAAUAUAUCAUUUGGAGAAGAUGGGCAGCAAAUGAUCCUGAGGCUGGACGGCUGUUUGGACUUACUGACGGAGAUGAGCAGAUACAAGCAUAAGAGCAGCCCUUACGCGCCUCUUCUGAUUUUUCAUAAUAUUUGCUUCAGUCCUGCGAACAAGCCCAAGAUCCUGGCUAAUGAAAAAAUCAUUAGUGUGCUAGCUGCCUGUCUGGAAAGUGAAAAUCAAAAUGCUCAGAGGAUUGGAGCAGCUGCGCUUUGGGCUCUGAUUCACAAUUACCAAAAGGCAAAAACAACUUUGAAAAAUCCAUCAAUAAAAAGAAGAGUGGAUGAAGCAUAUUCCAUAGCAAAGAAAACUUUCUCAGACUCAGAAGAAACUCCUCUAAACACCUAUUAUUUGAAAUGUCUUGAAAACCUCGUGCAGCAACUCAACUCUUCAUGAGCACCCUGUGAUCCUCCGCCCUGAAGCCGCGGCCACCGGACAGGUGAGCCACCCUUGGAGCGCGCCCUGUGCAGACCUGUUCCCCGAAGACGUGCUCAUAAGCCUGUCGAUAGAGGGCACAGAAGGUCCUGGGAAGACGGACAUUCUUACCUUUUUCUAUGCAAUGUGCUUUGUAAAAAUCGUAUUUAUCAGUUAUUUAAUAAAUAAGAUAUUUCUAGUGACUGAAAAUUGGCCAAUAAUUGCGGCUUGCAGGCUUUUAUCAAUCUCAUGAAUGUAAAUUUAAGGAAUAGAAGAAAGAUACUAUGUUCUGAUUUCCUUUUUUAAAAAAAAAGUAUUUUACAUGAAAUUUGGCUCUUGUCAAUACAAAUCCUUGUUUUUCAAAGCAUUCACAUCAGUGAAGGGAUAUUUGUAGUAAAUGUGAAUAAUUUUGUGAGUAACUUCUUUAGGCAAUUUUUAGUGAUAUUAACUCCUUUCCAUAUGAUACAUAAACAUGUUAUAUUUUAUUAUUUUCACCUUUCAACUUCUGAAAUGCUGUGUAAUAAAAAAGGAAGAAAUAGAGUUUAUGGUCACAUAGGCCUACGUUCAAAUUCUGCCUCAGCUCAGAGCAUCGUGAAGAACAAGAACGUGAAAAAUCUGGCAGGAACAGUGCUGCCGAGGCCUCCUGACGUGACUCUCAACUAACAUGUAGCUCUGAGCUUGGAACUUAGAAUCAGUUCGAGUACUAAUCAUUUCCAGCAGUUUUCCCAACACUUGAAAAUAAGGAGAGAAAAUUAUGUCUAAGAAAAGAAAAACAAAAGCUGAAAUGUAUAUACAUAUGCGUGUCUAUACACACACCUGUAUAUACACCCCCCCCCCACUCACAUACACACUCAUUAUUUAGGAAGAAGCUUUCCAAUUGAAUUACAGUUAACAAGAAAAAAACUUCCUUUAUUAAAUGCUGUUAGCAAAUUGCCAUCAUUAAUAAAAUAAGCCAUGUGACAUUAUUUAAGCUGAAAGCAUGAGGACAAAAUACAUGUUAAGUAUUGAAAUAGAACCAGGUAAAUUUAUAGUGUCUGAGAGUUACUGAUUAGAGAUCUGAAAAAUAGAUCUAGAAAGUUUGGAAGUUUCUGGGCAGCCCAAGUUAAUCUGAAGCAGUGGACGUGGCAGUAUUCUGAAAAAGUACGAGCAGGAAUCUUGGGAAUUAUUUCUUCCUUUUCUCCUGGUUGCUUAGAUCCUAUUUCAUUUUCCUGGUAUCACCUUGUAAGCCCUCACUGAUGAAUAAUUAGAUGAUUUCUGUAACUUCCAUUGAAAGAUCCCUUUCUGUGUCACAGGCGCUCGUCUCAGGAUGUUUAUUGUUUGAUCUGUUUUCCCCUAAAAUAUUACCAUUAUUCCUCCGUUAGAGGUGAGUGAACGGAGCGGCUCGGUGAUCAGUUGUGGCUGAUAAAGAGUGAAGUUGAGACUCGAGCCCAGAGUAACGGCUGAGGUUUUUUUUAACCACCAUGCUAUGCUGCCCUCCCUCCCUACCUGUUUUUUCUCUUUGAAAUUCCUGUCUUUGAGUUUGGAUCUUAUAGACAACCUCCAUUAUUCUAUAAGAAUUGAGUCUUUUCACGGAAAUGACCACUACCCAUAUUUAUGGUUCAUUGAUUGAUUCACAUUUCAGGGUUUGCUUUGCCUCAUGUCUUUGGAAUCACAAAGAAUAGUAACUGAUUGUUUUCCCUAGCAGUUCAAGGUAGCACCACUGGGGGGUUUGUACCCUGGCAGCCAGACUCGCUCAGGGGUGACGCCUGCGGAAGCCCAGAAGGACUGGCUCCCUGAAAGGGGGAGGAGGGCCGUGGCGUCAGGAGAACGUGCACAUGCGUCUGCCGGUGUCCAGGGACGUGCCCCACAGGGGCAUGUGGUGUUCCGGGUCCUUGACACCUCUCCUUCUCAUCUGUGUCUCUUCGAAUUGUGUCCAUGAAGCCAGUGGGGAAGCUGCUAAGCAGAAGAUCCCUGAGGUGACUGGCCUGCUGUGGCACUGCCUGGGGAACCCAGCAGCACCAGAGUCCCGGGGAUGCUUGUUGAAAUACACAUGGAAACAUAGUCUUCAGCCUGUGUCUGAAAUUGUUAGCAGACUCGCCAGGUGAUCUGUACGCUCACAAAAUGAGAACCACUGAUUAACCCCCAACUUUACAGAAAACUGCCUGGAACAUGAAAAUGACUUGACAUCACUCAGUUAUUUAAUGAUGAUGAAAUCAGAAAUGGAAUCUGGGUCUCUUGAGUGCUAGUUGAGUGUUCUUUCUUUCACACAUCCCUGGUUUAGGCAGAGAUCCAGAAAGCAGGUGUAGGGAACUGGUUCAUGCCUCAUGGUCUCCAGGUUUCCCAUUUCCUGGCCUUUGUGGUUGCUUGGUGUGUGUGUGUCUGUGCUGGGGAUGAACUCAAAGGCUGUGCAGUGCGUCAACAUGCAGACAUUCGUCCUCUGGCGUCUGUGUUUAGGACCUUGAGCAGCUUGAGGGAGGAGGCAGCGCUGGUUUUGAAAACAGAAGAGACAAGUGGAGUAGUUAGCUGACCUCACUGGAGCCUUUCCCCACUCUUCCUAAAAUUGCUUUCAAAAAUGAAGAGCUGGAUGUACUUUUCUUUGGCGUUCUGUAAAUAAUGGAGUGAAAAGUAGAAUUUGCCCAUUUAACUGCAGGUCACUGGUUUUCGUUCGUAGUGUUAAAUAUGCUCAUCAUCUGUAGUAAUUUUCCAUCGUGAGUCUUGGUGGUUGCACCUGGUCUGUCCCAUUUCCUGAGAUCUGCUGCUUGACCCGUGCUGUUUCUCAGGUUUGGCAGAUUGUUGCGUAAGAACGAUCAGCAUCCCCGCCCCUGCCACCCCAGGUGCACCUGCAGGCCUGCCAGGGAGCCAGAGAGCACAGGAGAGCGGCUAAAGGUGGGGGGCUCAGGGCUCGUGUGGCCUCACCGUGCACACCGGUGGGGACCUGGCGCAGCCUCCAGGCCGCUUCUCCCGGUGAGACCGGGGAUCGGGGAACCUGCUUUGUGAAGCUGAGGGGAGGACUGGGUGCCCAGCACAGUGCCUGGGACAUAGUUGACUGUCCCUUAGAUGUCAUCAAUGAUUAGUUAUUCCCAUAAAGUUCUCAAAAAUUUCUCUCAUUUUCAUUUAAACAUUAACUCUUCUGUGUCUCUGAAACUCUCUUCUCCCUUUAGGAAGCAGGGAAUAUGCCAGAAGGUGAGUUUCAUUGUCUGAACAAGGCUCUCACAUUCCAGAAGGACGGCCGGUUUCUGGUGGCGGUGUGGGGCCGCAGGCCUGCGCUCGCUAACAGCACAGACGCCGACACGUGUUGGGGGAACCUCAGUCUUGCAGAGCACUGUGUGCAGGGGGGCUGAACACACCCGGAGACUUGGUGCGUUUUAUUCUGUGGCUUGUCAGGUUGUCUUGACUGAAUGUCGUUGGUGAAAUACUGCUCUUUCUCCAUUUGAAUUGUGAAAAUGGAAAAUACAAGAAAUUAAAACCUUAGCGGCCAGAAGAAAACCUUAGCUUAAAGACUCUGUCAAUUAGGGAGCAUUUUUCUCUUAAGCCCUAUUGUUGACCUGUGCGAUCCAAGGAGUUCCGGGAAAGGAUGGUGGUAAAAGGUCAUUAUUUCUGUGAACUAGGCAGCUUAGUUUUGGGGAACUUAAGAGUUUAUUCUUCUUGAGUCAAAAGUUAUUCACCACAGGAAAUCCCUUGUAAAACUCAAGUAACAAGUCAGCGGGGGCUGAGGGAGAGUAUGCUGGGCUGAGGCUCAGGACGCACGGCAGACUGCCAGGACCUGGGCUUCCGGGGUUUGGCGGCGAGACACGAGCAUCUCAGUGUGGUCCUGUUUUAAAUGUUCCCAGCGACGUUCGUCUUCGUGUUUCCUUUGCUCCUUCUGCAUUUGGGAAAUGUGUUUCAAAAAAGUCUACUCUUUUAAAGCGAUGUUUCAUGAAAGAUCCAUAUGGUAACAUUCAAUAAAUUUCCCAUGAAAGCCAAGAGAAAUGUAUGUGUUUUAAUGCCGACUCCAAGGGGAAGAUGCUUUCCUGCAAUUCUCCUUCCUCGGUGUGUCUCUUCCUGUGCCUUACCUGUGCCCCUGGCCGAGCCUUACGUCUGCCCCCAG